AUGCUGUUGAUGGCGCUGAAAGGCGCCGAGUGGGCUUCUGGGGAAAAGCAUCCCGGGAACCCCGUCCUGACUUCUCUGGAGGGCUACCACAAGCUUUACCAGCAGUCACUUAGCGACCCGGACGCCUUCUGGGCGCGGCAAGCCCGGGACCUUCUCGAAUGGGAUACGCCGUUCAAGAAGGUCCACCACGGCGGGUUCGAGCACGGCGACAUGGCCUGGUUCGCCGGCGGGAAGCUCAACGCCUGUGUGAACUGCUUGGACCGCCAUGCGUUCCAAAACUCGGACAAGAUCGCUAUUGAAGUUGAGCCGGACGACCCCAUCGCCGGCCGGCAGCUCACCUACGGCGACCUACUUCGGGAGGUAUGCAAGGCGGCUCAGGUGCUUCGUGCCCAUGGCGUGCGCAAGGGCGACGUGGUGACCAUCUACAUGCCUAUGGUGGCAGAAGCUGUCAUCGCAAUACUUGCCUGUGCCCGGAUCGGCGCCAUGCACUCGGUGGUAUUUGCAGGCUUCUCCGCCACUGCUCUGCGGGAUCGGAUUGUCGAGGCCCAAUCAACCGUGGUGAUAACUGCAGACGAGAGUCGGCGGCCUGGCAAGAUUGUUCCGCUCAAGAAAAUUGUUGACGAGGCCCUGGCGGCGGGACAGCCGACGUGUGUCAAAUACUGUCUGGUGGUAUCGCAUACUGGUGCCGACGUGCCAAUGCUCAGUGGCCGAGACAAGUCUUGGUCUGGGGAGCUGGCCAAGUUUCCAGGCUACUGCCCAGCUGAGCCGAUGGAUGCAGAAGACGGAUUGUUUCUGCUGUACACGUCUGGGUCGACAGGCAAGCCAAAGGGACUGCUGCACACGGUCGGCGGGUUCCUGUUGGGUGCCGCCAUGAACGGCAAAUACACCUUUGAUCUGCAGCCGCAGGACAGGUUCUUCUGCGCCGGUGACAUCGGCUGGAUCACUGGGCACACAUACGGGGUUUACAUGCCUCUGCUGGCUGGAAUUGCAACGGUCCUGUACGAAGGCACCCCGCUGUAUCCUGACGCCUCACGGUACUGGACCAUCAUCAACCGGCUCAGAGUAACUCAUCUUUAUACUGCCCCUACAUCAAUCCGCCUGCUGAAGCGCCAAGGCGACACCCACAUCACCGCCCACCAGCCUUUCAGUUCGUUACGAGUACUUGCAUGUGUCGGGGAGCCGCUCGCGCCUGAGGUCUGGAAAUGGGCGCACAGUGUCAUUGGCCAAGGCAAUGUCCAGAUUCUCGAUACUUAUUUCCAAACUGAGACAGGGAGUCACGCACUCACCCCACUGGCCGGAAUCACGCCCUCCAAGCCUGGGAGCUCUGGUCUUCCUUUCUUUGGGAUGGAGGCCGUGAUUCUCGACCCCGAAUCGGGAACAGAGAUCACCUCGAGGACAGCCACAGGCGUCUUGGCGUUCAAACGCCCGUGGCCGAGCAUUGCCCGAACGGUACUGGGAUCACACCAGCGGUUCAUGGACACGUAUUUAAACCCAUACCCAGGGCAUUAUUUCACUGGCGACGGUGCCACACGCGACGAGGACGGGUACUACUUCAUCUCCGGGCGGGUCGAUGACGUGGUCAACGUGUCUGGUCAUCGGAUUUCUACCGGUGAGGUUGAAGGCGCUCUCUUACAAAACUCCAUCGUUGCCGAAGCAGCUGUUGUGGGGUCCGAGGACGAACUUCUGGGCCAGGCAAUAACCGGCUUUGUGUCCCUAAAAGAGUCCGCCAUGUCUGGCAUCGACAGCACAAAGGUCCGGCAAAUGCUCAUCCAGCAGGUCAGGCGUACUAUCGGGCCCUUCUCAGCUCCAAAGAGGAUCUACCUCGUCUCGGACCUGCCAAAGACGAGGUCCGGGAAGAUCAUGAGGAGAUUGUUGCGGAAGAUGUUGCAAGGAGAGUUGAUUGAAAACUUGGGUGAUACUUCCACUGUAAGCUUCGUCUGA